GACUAGUGUGGGGCUGCAGAAGCAGAGCAUCACAGCUGGAACACCGCGGACAUGGACUUCCUGAGGUCUCUAGGACACCCGGAGGAGAUCUACAACCUGGUCAGGUUCCGGCUGGGCGGCUGUCGGCUCGUGCUGUCCAAGCAGGACCGGGACUCCAUGAGCGACAGCCUGCAGACCUGCUACAAGUAUCUGGACCAGACCAGCAGGAGCUUCGCCGCCGUCAUCCAAGCCCUGGAUGGAGAGCUGAGAAAUGCCGUGUGUAUCUUAUAUCUGGUGCUUCGAGCUCUGGACACCGUGGAGGACGACAUGACCAUCAGUCGGGAGACCAAAAUCCCCAUGUUACAUAACUUCCACACGUACCUGUACCAAGCGGACUGGAGGUUUACAGAAAGCAAGGAUAAGCAUUGUGUAGUUCUGCAGGACUUCCCCACGAUUUCCCGGGAGUUCAGAAACCUGAAGGUGGGUUAUCAGAAGGUGAUUGUAGACAUCUGCCACACAAUGGGGGUGGGCUUGGCAGAGUUCUUGGAGAAGAAGGUGGAAUCUCUCCUGGAUUUCGAUAAGUACUGUCAAUCUGCAUUCGGAUUAUGGAUGUUUGGUCUGUCCCGGCUGUUUUCUGCCUCAGGGCUGGAAGAUGCCAUCAUUGGUGAGGAUAUAAGACUCUCAAGGUCUGUGGGUAUGUUCCUGCAGAAAACAAACAUCAUCCGAGAUUACCUGGAGGACCAGCUGGAAGGAAGAGAGUUCUGGCCCAGAGAGGUGUGGAGCAAAUACAGCAAAAAACUGUCCGACCUUGCCAAGCCGGAGAACGUAGUGCCGGCUGUGCAGUGCUUGAAUGAACUGGUGACCAAUGCUCUGCAGCACGUGCCCGAUGUCCUUCUCUACCUGUCCCGGCUGAGGAACCAGAGGGUGUUUCACUUUAAUGCCAUCCUACAGGUCAUGUCUAUAGCCACAAUGGCCGCUUUUUAUAACAACCCGCAGGUGUUUAAAGGAGUGGUGAAGAUCCGCAAGGGGCAGGCGGUCACGCUGAUGAUGAACGCCACCAACAUGCAAGCGGUCAGAGCUAUCAUGUAUCAGUAUGUGAAUGAGAUCUACCAGAAGAUCCCCCUGACAGACCUUUCUGCUGGACAUACACAGAACAUCGUUUCUACCAUCCAGAAACUGAGUUUGUCCAGUGGCCCCCGGGUGUCCCACUACAGCUUCUUCAUUUACCUGUCAUGUGCAAUGGUUUUGGCCGCCCUCAGUUGGCAGUACCUGAGUACAAACAAAAGACAGUCAGACUAGUUUCACACAAGCGUGUCCUGUGUGGAAAUCGUGCUCCUUGUGAGAGUCAUUCCCUGUUCUGGACACUGCUCGUUUCACAGGAGCGCACUGCAUUAUACUGAUGUAUAAUGCUGUGUGUCUCUGCAUGACCUUACUUCUACAGAAUCAUAGUGACAAAAAUCUGUAUAAGACCGUGCGCUCCUGUGAAACGAGCAGCGCCCAUAAUGGGAAAUUAAGCUCACACACAGAGCGUAAUUUCCGCACAGGACACGCUAGUCUAAAAGAGCCCUUAGUCAGCACAGCUAUAAAAUGAAGUGAAUACGCAUGGCUGAAACUCCAAAAGUACAAACACAAUGCAACAGCAAAGUCCAUUAAAGAAAAUCCAGCUCGCCUCGUAAUCCAAAGCCCUGUGCACGGAACGUGCCAAGCAAGUCACUCUUUUGGAAAUGGAAGAAAAUAGUUCCAGCACUUGAAAUAAAACUCAGUUGAACUUUAUUUCUUCUUGUAGUGUAACAUCCCAGAGUAUGUCACUAAAACUCUUUCUCCCUGCUACAAUAUGUCAAGUGUAUAUUUCUUGUCAUCUUGUGUAAUUUAACUUUGCAUUUUCCGGUAAUUUAACUUUGCAUGUACUUUCCAGGCUUGUAUUAUGCAUUUGCUGUAAUUUCCCUGUCCGCCAGCAGGUGGCAGCAAUAUGUAAGCAGACCAUGGUUAGUUAGUAUAUCUAGUCUGGAAUAGUCCAUUCCAAUCUAGGCUCCCCUAUGUGAGCAGAAGUGGG